AUGAGUCGAGGCGACGGCGGCGGCGAGACAGGCCUGGGAGGCAGCGGCGACGGUGCUGGCCCAGGUGGCAGCGUCGACGGUGCGGGCCCGGAAGGGCUUUUGGGCGCCAGCUCCAGGAGGACAAGGCCGCCGCGGCGGCCGUCAUCCACGACCCUGCGCUCAGCGUUGUGGGCUCGGGAGGCCGCACGUGCUGCCUGCUCCGAGGAGGACGAGGCCGCAACGGCGGCCGCCGACAAUGACUGUGCACUCGCUGCGUCGCGCAGCCACUGCGAGGCGAGGAGCCGAGGACUAGAGCGAGCACCUCGACUGCCUCUGCAGCAUCCUUGGUUGCGACCCCAAGAACCAAGGUGCAGUGAUAGCCGGCCCCGCACCAUCCUCGCCUAUGACCCCAAGACUGCUGGAUUCUUAGUUGCAUCAGAUGCUGCUAGAAUAGCACUUUUGAUUAGGUUGUUCAAGAUGCUAGCCAUAGCCUAUUUUCAGUGGCCAGGAGUCUGGAGGACCGACAGGAGCCUGCCGACUAAGCCUAUUUGUAGCAGUAGGCCUAUCGGCCUUCUAGAGACGACUAGUCCUAUCGACCAGCAGAUCUGUUCUCGGUGCCGGAGUGGCGGAGCUUGCCGACAGCCUUCAAGCUAUUCACUGGUGCGUGUACUGGUCUCUCUCCAGCCGUGA